AUGGCCACUUUUUUAUCGUGCAUCCAUUUCACCAGUCCGCAGGUAUGUCGGUUAGUCAUGAGGCGACCGGCGGAAAAGUUGGUAUCAAAAGUGACCAAGCUUGGCAACGCUCUGCCACUUCGAGGCGGUCUGCAUCCUCACAGACAGGCCGAGGUACAAAUUCCAUCACACCAACUUCGCCCACGAGGAGAAAGUUGUCGUCAGACUGGGCCUGCCCCUUUUCGUGCCCACUUGCGACGUCCGGAAGCAUCUCGGUCAAGACUGGGGCCGAGAGACAAAUGCUGGCAGAGUCGACAUGUACGGGCAGCAAGAGAGAAGAUGGAGAUAUGGACAGACGUGCGAGUGUGUGAACUUGGUGACCGACAAGCAAGACGUGAACCGGUCAUGAAGACCUGCUCAUUGUGGACAUGUGCUCCACGCACCGGACAUGGGAUGGCGGAACUCGGCUCGCGGGAACCUCCAGAAAUCGGUCAUUCCGGCCGAGUCUGGUACAAGUGCAGGCCCGAGGGCCUGUUUGUGAUGGAGGGAAAUGGAGUGGAGGCUGAGCUAAUUAGGCGUUCCCACGCAACAACCCCAGCCCGGCCUGAGAAACAGUCGUCCGGGCUACAGGCAAUGGCAUUCACCUCGACGCAGACUGACCAUCCAUUUGUGAUUUGA